GCUGAUUGUGAUAAUCGAGAAAUUUUCAUUCAUAGCGCAUGCGUGUAUUGAAGUCUUGUUUAUUUUUCGUUUUGGUUUGGAGGGAGAUUUUGAUUACAAAUGCCUUGUAUUAAAUUAGGGGUCAAUAGAAUCUCAAUUAUAGUUCAGUGUUGCUAUAAUUGGGCCUACUAUACCAAUCCUCAUGAUUUAGAUUGCCUUAUGAUGCAAUGGAGACUGCCAACGCGGUAAUACUUGACGUCGGUUCGCUAACAACAAAGUUGGGAUUCAAUCAGAUUGGUAAACGUCACCCAGAUCAUGUGUUCCCUACUGACAUACUUACUGAUACUCCUUCAGCGUCAAUCGUGGAUAGUGGAACCAUAUGCAACUGGGAUGAAGCUGAGAAACUUAUCAAAUGGGCAUACAAAGAAAAAUUGAAGGCUUCCACAAAUGAUUUUCCUCUGUUGAUGUCUGAGGUGGCAGGUUGUUCUAGAGAAAGCAGGAAAGACAGUCUGGAAAGAGUGUUUGAAGGAAUUGAUGUUCCUGCAUUUCAUCUUUCAAGUCAGGGUCUCCUGGCAUUGUAUUCGGUUGGAAGAGCUUCUGGAGUUGUUAUCGAGUCUGGGUAUGGGGCGUCACAUGCUGUGGCUUUUCAUGAAGGGCAUGCAACUGGCUACGGAAUUGUCAAGAUGACUGCAACUGGUUGUAAUUUAACAAAGACCACUCAGAAGCUUGUCUCAGAUAUCUUAAAUGGAUCUGGUAACAGAACUGAAUGUGAUAUUAUGCUUGCCAGAAAUGUCAAAGAGAAGUAUGGACAGGUUGCACCAGAUGGAAAGUGCUCUAUUGCAGAACAGCAAGAUGGCAGUUCUAGUACAUUACUGUUUGAACACGGAGACCUGAGAAUUAAGAUUAGAAACCCAGCUAUUAUUGGAGAACCACUGUUCACUUUGCCAAAUUUUUAUAUACGGCAGAGUGUAGGUUUUCAUCAGGCUGUGGAAAGUUGUAUCAAUGGUGCAGAUGAAGAGAGUGAUUACACACAACUAUUUUAUGAGAAUGUCUUGCUUUCUGGUGGAAACACACUCUUUCCUGGAUUAACAUCACGUCUUGAAUUCGAGUUAAACAAACUGGUGGUGAAAGAGGGUUUAGCUAAGGCGAACGUGAUCACACCAGCAUAUCGUGCUUAUUGUUGUUGGAUUGGUGGGUCGGUCAUUGCAUCCAUGCCAACAUUCAAGCCUCACUGGAUCUCAAAGUCAGACUAUCAAGAGUAUGGUGGCAAUAUCUUUCAAAGGAAAUGUUUACAUCUCUAUUAAAAUAGUUUAUUACCACUGGUAUUAUAAAUUUGUAGGACUUAUUAUUAACUGGUAGAGUGGUUAGUAGAGAUAAGUUCUGGAACACACAUUCCAUGGUUCAAAUCAUCAUUGCUGAUUGUAAGACACUACAGUACUUCAAAUAGCUCAUCAUGCUGUGGAUACUCUAUUGAUCAUUAUUAAUCAAGGACAGUUAUAUUAAUCAAUACAAUAAUUAUCAGCACUAAUUAAUAAACAUUCCAUCCCCAGUAGGUUUACAUGAAUGUUUUAUGAGCCCAUCUAAAGAUGACGAUAACAAUAUUACAGUAAUUGAAAAUGGUGGAAAAGGUUUUAUUUUUGUCUGGUUGUGCCUGUGAUUAUAGUGAAGAACAAACACACUACUGUACUCGUGAGGUUUCCGACCAUAAAUAUCAAUAUUACUGUACAUAAUUAUUGACAUUUUUUGUUUUUUUUUUGUUAAAGUAUACAAGAGUAAAACUUUUAUACUGUAAUUAUUUUCUGAUUGGUUUUAAUUUAUACUGUAUUGUAUUCAAUACAAAUUACUUUAUUAAUAAUUGCUUUUUUUUAAAUUGUGUACCAGCACAUUGAAUUUGUACAGUACUGUAUACAGCAAUGACUGCCAGUUGUACUGCAAAUACCAGUUUACAUCAAGUAUUUACGACGGAUUUGUUUUUUAUACGCUAUUGCAUUACUCAAUAUUUAUGUAAUAUCAGCCGACUACAUGGCUUAUGUUUUUUUUUAAUUACUGUACAGGGUACAUAUUAUGACUAGUAUUGUGCAUUAAAAGGGACAAAUUUUGUACAGAUUGAUGAUUUGUAUGUAUAAUACUUUAUGCAAAAUAUUUUUACCUGCUCAUAAACUGCUGUGAAAGCUAGUCUGUAAAAAAAAAUAAAUUAUGACUCAAAUAGAAAAAAAAAAAA